AUGGAGACUACGUUCCCAAACCCAGACGACAUCCUCAACUUUGUCCUGACCAUCGAACCGGACGAGGGGAUGUAUAAGCAGGGCCGGUUCACCUUCGACUUCAACAUCAACCAAAACUUCCCGCACGACCCGCCGAAAGUGCGAUGUCGAGAGAAGAUCUACCAUCCCAACAUCGACCUGGAGGGGAAGGUCUGCCUCAAUAUCCUGAGGGAAGACUGGAAGCCUGUUCUCAAUCUGAAUGCUGUCAUUGUUGGACUUCAGUUCCUCUUUCUCGAGCCUAAUGCUUCUGACCCCCUCAACAAGGAAGCUGCCGACGACCUCCGAAACAACAGAGACGGAUUCAAGCGUAAUGUCAGGACGUCGAUGGGCGGUGGUCUGGUCAAGGGGCAGACGUACGAUCGGGUGCUGAAGUGA